CGGUGGAGCGACGGGGAGGAAGAGCUGCCGUGGAGACCCUGGGCGACAGGCGGCGAGCCGGAGGAGGCGCCGGCCGCGGGGAUCUCGAGGGGCGAAGCGAUCGCCGGGGAGGGGGACCCGAGAGCCGCGCCCGCCGCGCGGAGCGUCCCUUCCCGCCCCUUGCACCAUGAGCUGGGGCACCGAGCUCUGGGAUCAGUUUGACAACUUAGAAAAACACACACAGUGGGGAAUUGACAUUCUUGAGAAAUACAUCAAAUUUGUAAAGGAAAGGACAGAGAUCGAACUCAACUAUGCAAAGCAACUCAGGAAUCUUUCAAAGAAAUACCAACCUAAAAAGAACUCGAAGGAGGAAGAAGAAUACAAGUAUACGUCAUGCAAAGCUUUCAUUUCCACCCUGAACGAAAUGAAUGACUAUGCCGGGCAGCAUGAAGUUAUCUCCGAAAACAUGACCUCUCAGAUCAUCGGGGACUUAGCACGCUAUGUUCAAGAACUGAAACAGGAGAGGAAAUCGAACUUCCACGAUGGGCGUAAAGCCCAGCAGCACAUAGAAACCUGCUGGAAGCAGCUCGAAUCAAGUAAAAGACGAUUUGAACGAGAUUGCAAAGAGGCUGACCGAGCACAGCAGUACUUUGAGAAAAUGGAUGCUGACAUCAAUGUCACCAAAGCAGAUGUUGAAAAGGCCCGACAACAAGCUCAAAUACGGCACCAAAUGGCAGAGGACAGCAAAGCAGAUUACUCAUCAAAUCUUCAGAAAUUCAACCGCGAGCAGCAUGAGUAUUACCAUACUCACAUCCCCAACAUCUUCCAGAAAAUACAAGAGAUGGAGGAAAUGAGGAUUGUGAGACUCGGAGAGUCGAUGAAGACGUAUGCGGAGGUGGACCGGCAGGUCAUCCCAAUCAUUGGGAAAUGCUUGGAUGGAAUAGUGAAGGCAGCUGAAUCAAUUGAUCAGAAAAAUGAUUCACAGCUGGUAAUAGAAGCUUAUAAGUCAGGGUUUGAGACUCCCGGAGACAUUGACUUUGAGGAUUAUACUCAGCCAAUGAAGCGCACCGUGUCGGACAACAGCCUUUCAAAUUCCAGAGGAGAAGGCAAGGCAGAGCUCAAAUUUGGCGGCAGAUCCAAAGGAAAGCUAUGGCCGUUCAUCAAAAAAAAUAAGCUUGUGUCCCUUUUAACAUCCCCCCAUCAGCCUCCCCCUCCUCCCCCUGCCUCCGCCUCACCCUCUGCUGUUCCCAACGGCCCCCAGUCUCCCAAGCAGCAAAAGGAACCCCUCUCCCACCGCUUCAACGAGUUCAUGACCUCCAAACCCAAAAUCCACUGCUUCCGGAGCCUAAAGCGUGGGACUCAAUCUUUCUGUUUUCACAAAGAACUCAUGAAGAGGACAAUAGGGAAACCCACGUAUGCCUUUGAGGCUAGGGACUAUGUUCUUUCUCUCAAGCUGGGCGCGACUCCAGAGGACUUCAGCAACCUUCCACCUGAACAAAGAAGGAAGAAGCUACAGCAGAAAGUCGAUGAACUCAAUAAAGAAAUUCAAAAGGAGAUGGAUCAAAGAGAUGCCAUAACCAAAAUGAAAGAUGUCUACCUAAAGAAUCCUCAAAUGGGAGACCCAGCCAGCUUGGAUCACAAAUUAGUGGAAGUCAGCCAUAAUAUAGAAAAACUCAGAUUAGAGACCCAGAAGUUUGAGGCCUGGCUGGCGGAGGUUGAGGGCCGACUCCCCGCACGCAGUGAGCAGGCCCGCCGGCAGAGCGGCCUGUAUGACAGCCAGAACCCGCCCACGGUCAACAACUGCGCACAGGACCGGGAGAGCAGCCCAGAUGGCAGUUACACAGAGGAGCAAAGCCAGGAGAGUGAGGUGAAGGUGCUGGCCACGGAUUUUGACGAUGAGUUUGAUGACGAGGAGCCCCUUCCUGCCAUAGGGACCUGCAAAGCUCUGUACACAUUCGAAGGUCAGAAUGAAGGAACCAUUUCUGUAGUGGAAGGAGAAACCCUGUAUAUUAUAGAGGAAGACAAAGGAGACGGGUGGACCCGCAUCCGGAGAAGUGAAGACGAAGAGGGUUACGUCCCCACGUCGUACGUCGAAGUGUAUUUGGACAAAAACGCCAAAGAUUCCUAAAGGUGGUGGAUGCCAGCGAGAGCCUCCCUCAAGCCUUCCCAGGAGAAACCCCUCAGCCUGGCCUGCUUGUCUCCGCUGCUCGCCCUCCUGGCGGGUGGGCCCCACCUGCACCUGCAGCCCCGUGUGUGGGCCCCGGGUGGGGCCUUUCUCCCUCCUCCCUCUGCCGCACGCUCCUGUCACCCCUCCUGCUCCUUGUCGGGGGCAGGCCUCUCCCGCCCCACCCCACAGCAGGGUCAUCCUCAUUGUCAUUGCUCGCCCACCCUCCCAGGCCACUGAGACAGUGGGACUCACACACCGCUCCUCUCCUGCCCCUUCCUGGGCGCUCAGUCCACUGGGGCUCGUGCUGGGUCCUUCCACAUUUCACACUGUGCCUUUCGUGGAAACUUUGCCACUGGUCUCCCGGGGAGACUGACAGAACCGGGACCUGGCGAGUCAGACGUGCACCAGGUGGAAUGAGCGCCUGGCUGUCAUCACCCUAGGAAAUGCUUCCUCUUUUCCCAAGACCAUUAAGUAUUGUGUGGUCCUUGUCUGAUUCUGGGUCUGAGAGCAUCUGUGGCGGGCACGGGGCACACACACACACACACACGUUUUUGUUUGGAGCCCUGUCUUCACCGGCCAGCCCGUUGUCUUGCCUGUGUCCGCCUUUCAUGAGGAGCAUCUUGGCUGCCCUUCGACAGCGUCUCCCUGUCCGAGGACUGUGGGGCAUGCACUGUGAGUGAGAGUCUCACCCCCUGGGUCACCUCACAGCCAAGUGGACAUUCCUCUUCCUUCCAUGAGUCCCGAGGGAUUGUGGCACCUCCAUCACCAAAGACCCUGCACCUCCUGUGGCCACCGCCCCCGCAUCUUCUCACCUGUGCUUCAGGCCAUGCGGAGUUUAGUGGGUUCGCUUGGGGACUUAAGUUUCCUUCCCUUAUGGAUCUUUAAGGAGAAACUGAGGUCACAUAGCCCCUCUCGCCUUAGAGCAGCUCAGUCUCUCUUCUCACUCGGUGCAGAAACAGUCAAGAGGAUAAAUUGGCUGUGCGUUUCUGAGAACAAGGUCGCCAGCAGAUGCCUAAGGAUGGAGCCAGGCACCUUUAUUCUUUUGUUUGGCUUUUGGUCAGUAGGUGGUCACCUCUGUCGUCCCCAAUUCUUCUCGACGUUUAUGAAUCUAAGACAAGGAAGUCCCACAGGAGCCAGAGGGACAAAUAGUUGGGAGCCUUUGCUCAUGGUUCAUCCUGUGUAGGAGACCACUCCUCUCUGCAAAGCGGGGCUGACCACACGCCACCCUUCAGGAGCAGCUCUGUCAGCCCUGAGGAACUAGAAUCACAGCAAGGAUGUGCCAAGGGCAAGCAGCUGAAAAGGAAACAUGAGCACAUGAGCCUUCUCUCGUUCUUUCUUCCCCAAAAGUGAGGCCCAGCCAAGGGCGCUGGCACUGCUCACCAGGGAACCUGUGCAGCCUCAGGAGUCUCAGGCUCCCCAUCUCUGCAAGGGUGACCCGGUCGUCACUCGCUCAUCAGCCACUGCAGAGAGUGGGUUUUGUGGGUUAGACAGAAGCCAGGGUGCUGGAGGGUGGGAACAGUCAGGGCCACCGGUCUGUCUGCAAAGCAGCAGGUGCAUGGCCAAGGUGGCGGGCCCCACUGCUCUGCCAAUGGGCUCCUCUGUCCACACAGCUAAUGGGAAUUGCCAGGAACUUCUGACCUUCUCCGAGUCAAGCAGACCACUCUGCACUCCACAAGGAUGCUAAAGGGUUUUUUUUUUUUUUUUUUGUAGAGACAGAGUCUCACUUUAUAGCCCUCGGUAGAGUGCCGGUGGCAUCACACAGCUCACAGCAACCUCCAACUCCUGGGCUUCAGCGAUUCUCUUGCCUCAGCCUCCCAAGUAGCUGGGACUACAGGCGCCCGCCACAACGCCUGGCUAUUUGAUGCUAAAGGGUUUUUUAAAAUCUGAUUUUAGAACCUGGGGAAUGCACGUGCAGCCAUCUUUCCUAAUGGGUCAGGAUAGAUUCAUUUCUCACAGCAUAGGGGGAAAGGUAUAAGCUAUAGUGAUUUGUACUUUUAAUGUCUGUCACAUCCGAUACAGGAUAUGCUUGUAUCCUCUGUGUCCCCUUGCAUCCUUGUUUUAACAUUCUGUACCAUCGGCAUCCAAAAUCGAAUGGCUGAUGACUGCUUUUAAAUGUUUAGCUGUGGUGUUCGCCCCCUCCAUCUGCAUGGCUGGGGUAAGAGCGCCGCUCUCCAGCUGGGCUCCGUAAGGGCAUCAGUGACUGUGAGAGUGGAGGUACGUCACUGACUCCGGGAAUCCCGUGACAUCAUUUCUGUGUUGUUAGGGGCAGCCACACAGAGUAGGCACGUGGGCUUCCCUACAAGCUUCUCUGCCCUGCCUUUGGUCGCUGCCUCUCAUUUCUCCACCGAUGCUAAAAAGUAGUUGUGUUGUAAGAUGACUAAUUGUAAAAGAACCUGCCCUGAAAACGACUUACAAACAAAAUGAAAGAGAGGAACUUGUCAUUUACCCAGUUUUUCCACUGCAGGAUGGGAAAAAUUAAAAGGCGUGAGAAGCUGUGAUGGGAUUUUCCUUUGUGAGUUUUUAUGGGGCUCAUGUAGGAGAUAAGCCGGUAGCUUGUCUAACCAGCACAGGACAGAGGCCUCUAACACCUUCUGGUUAACAUCUAUAAUUAUAGAAGAAAGUUACACAACGUAAAAAAAUGUUCUGUUGAUACUAAGUAUUUUUCCAGAAAUUUUGGUUUCAUGUUUCUUACUGGCUCUGUUUCCUGUGCUUAUGUCAUCCAAAAACUUCUAUUAAAAAAAAUCCAAAAUUGUAUUUUAACAUGACGUUGAGCACCUUUAAACUUUUUACGUGUGUUGCACUAAUUCUUAACUUUGGAGGCAUUCCUCUGUCGUGCAGGCCCGUUGCCAGUGUGAAGGUCCUGGAAUCGCUCAUUUGUCUCUGGAGAUGGAAUUAAACCAAAUAAAGUGCUUCCAUUGGAAGGCUUCUGUUGACCUUGUAACUACAUGUUAAUCCUCUGAAUGUUAAAUAUAAUAAAAGUAUAACUUCUG